AUGUCGGUUGUCGAGGAUUUUGAUGUUGAGGGAGCAUUCGAGUUUGCCAAAAAACUGGCGGUAGAAAAUGGCGAAAUAGUCAAGGUCGCCUUUCACAAGCCAAAGAAUGUCGACACAAAGAGCAAUCCGACAGAUCUUGUCACUGAGACUGACCGCCUGGUCGAGAAGAAUAUUUUUGCAGCGAUCCGGCAGAAAUACCCAAAUCACAAACUUAUCGGAGAAGAAAGCUUUACUGGACCUAUGAGUUUGACACUAACUAACGAACCGACUUGGGUGAUAGAUCCAAUCGACGGCACGAGCAAUUUCGUCACCGGCUUUCCAUACGUCGCCGUGGUCAUUGGCCUCUUGCUAAACAAAGAGCCCGUUUUCGGCGUCGUUUUCAACCCCAUUCUCGGCGAGUUAUUCAGCGCGCGCAAGGGCCACGGCAGCUUUCUCAACGGCAACCAAAUUUUCGUGAAAAAAACGACGGAACUGAACGAGUCCGUGGUCCUUUCCGGUUUCACGUCGGGGCGCAAUUACGAGAAUUUGGCGAAAGUGAGGGGCAAUCUCGAGGCGAUUUUGAUGAAUCCGGCGAUCGGAAUUAGAAUGCUCGGGUCGACGGCUUGCGCGAUGACGAUCGUCGCGGCUGGAAGAGGAGAUGCUUACUUUGGAGCAAACUUUCACAUUUGGGACAUCGCCGCGCCGACGAUUAUCAUCACUGAAGCUGGAGGCGUCGUUGGCGAUCUGGCUGGCGAGGAGCUCAAUCUUAUGAAGCGGCAGAUCAUCUCCACUUGCACGCCGGAACUAAUGCGCAAGAUAGCCGACAAGAUCACGCCCAUCAACCCGGAAGCAGACGGAAGUGUCGAGUGA